CUACAGUAUCAUUAAGGUGUGCUAUGUCAUGGGAGCAUAAUGCGGGGCUGUUAAGGUGUCAAGGCCAGACCGGCGAUGGUGUGACCUGCAUUUGUAAGCCCAUGCUCUGUACGAUAAAGUUAUACAUCAUCUUAUAAGUAUGCGUGCAUGGUCGCCCACAUUGUUGUUUAGAAAGUACCACCCUCUUAUCUCUCCGCCGACCAAACGCCUUGUCACUAUCGCAACCAUGGCUGCAAGAACCCCGGACAUCACCCUCUACACAGCGCAGACCCCCAAUGGAAUCAAAAUUUCCAUUGCGCUGGAAGAACUUGGACUUCCCUACAAAGUCCAAAAACUUGAAUUCAGCAAAAACCAACAGAAAGAACCUUGGUUCCUCGAAAUCAAUCCCAAUGGCCGUAUCCCCGCUUUAACCGACACUUUUACCGAUGGCCAGAAAAUCCGCCUCUUCGAGUCUGGCAGCAUCUUGCAGUAUCUUGUUGAGAAUUAUGAUCCUGAUCACAAGCUUUCCUAUCCUAAGGGAACACGCGAACACUAUGAGGUUAAUAACUGGCUAUUUUUCCAGAACGCUGGAGUCGGACCUAUGCAGGGCCAGGCAAAUCAUUUCAAUCGCUACGCACCCGAACGCAUCGAAUAUGGUGUCACCCGAUACGUGAAUGAAACUCGCCGUCUCUACGGUGUGCUGGACAAACACCUUGCCAGCUCCAAAUCUGGUUAUCUUGUGGGCGAUCACAUCUCCAUCGCCGAUGUCUCUCACUGGGGGUGGGUUGCCAGUGCAGGCUGGGCAGGCAUCGACAUCGACGAGUUCCCGAAUCUCAAGGCAUGGGAGGAGAAAUUGGCGGCCCGACCUGGAGUUGAGAAGGGCCGGCACGUGCCAGAUAGACACACGAUCAAAGAUGUCUUGAAAGACAAAGCGCUGGCCGAGCAGCAGAGCGCUUCAGCGAGAGCCUGGGUGCAACAAGGCAUGGCGGCAGAUGCGAAGAAGUAGUCAGUUCGCGUCAGUUAAAGAAAAAGCAGUCAGUUUUAAACGAAUAUAAUGGCAGUCUUUCACGAGAUGACGGUAGUAUGCCACAUAACUAUAUCAGUAGUAGCAAACAGCAAUAGAGAGAAUAAUGAUAAAGUAUUGACUAAGAUGGA